CCCACACACACAAACGGCAUUUCUUCCCUCUCAACGGUUUUAGUUUCUGUCAGAGAUGAGUGCUACAGAACCUGCAGACGCUUUUGUGAGCAUGCUCAGUACCACAGACAGCCUGCAUGAGGUCAAGAUGGGUAAAAAGCUCCGAGGAAAAUGUCUCAGAAUCGUCUCCCCUGAGUCUCCUGCUAGGCUUCACUGCUGCUAUGCAGUGAUCAUCGUCCUCACUGGGGCUGUGAUUGCGCUUUCUGUGGCUCUGUCAUUGUCAGUAAGAAAGACAGAAGAUAUCUCAAUCAAAAAUACUUCUGGUUCUUGCCCAAGAAACUGGAUUGGAUUUGGGAGUAAAUGUUUUUAUUUUUCGGAAGACACAAGUAACUGGACAUUCAGUCAGAACUUCUGCAUGGAAUUAAAGGCACAGCUAGCUCGAUUUGACAACAUGGAGGAGCUGAACUUCCUGAGGAGAUACAAAGGGACCUUUGACUACUGGAUCGGCCUGUACAGAGAGUCAACAGAGCACCCUUGGAGGUGGAUGGACAAUACAGAAUAUAACAGCUCGGUUCCCAUCCGAGGAGUGGAAGACUAUGCCUACCUGAACAACAAUGGGAUCAGCAGUGCCAGGAUCUAUGCAGACCGGAGAUGGAUCUGUAGCAAGCCCAACAGCUAUAUCCUCGAAUGCCAAAUUCCUUUUGCUUCUUCCUAGUCUUUGUCAAAAGAUGUUUUGUACCCUGAUAUCAACAGAUGCUGCUCUUUUUCCCAUCUUCCAACAUUGUUAUAAAAAAAAAAACCCUGAAUAUUUGCUGGCAUCACAAAUCUCCAUCUUGGAGAAUGGCACAUACAAGGGUUUAGAACAACACUAAUGCAUCUAAAAUGGGUGUUGGCACUCAUGACUUAAGCAUCAGUACAAUCAGUGUUAGUGAACCCCACUUUUAUGAUAUAAGGAUUUUUGUGGAGACUGUCAUACUUAUGAGAAUAUGGGACCACCAAAAUGAGUACUCUAACUGCACUUGCCCUUGGAUUUAAUAAUGAAAAGCAUCAGGUGGCAGUAGUGACAUGACCCUUUAAUCCCAGGGGCUUGUGAAUUUUUUGUUUAUUUGUUGUUUGUUUGUUUUCAAGACAGGGUCUCUCUGUGUAGCUUGGCUACACUGGAACUCACUCUGUGGACCAGGCUGGCCUUAAACUUACAGAGAUUUGCUUGCCUCUGAAUCCCAGUACUGGAAUCAAAGGAGUACACCAACACCAUCAGUCAUAAAUUUUAUUUUUAAUAUGGUCUUUCCGCUUAACCUGAACCUGUGACCCUUUGCAAGAAGCGGUGAUCACGGGUGUGCUCACCACACCAUACAUUCUGCAGUUCAUUGUUAAACUGCAAAUAUCUGUUUAUGCAUUUUUGUUAUGUCUAUACUUUAUUUUUUUAUUAGAUGAAUAAAGAAUAUUUCAUUUUAAAAUA